CAGUGCAUUGCAUUAAUUCUACCUCGCGUUCAAGCCCAAUUUGAGGUCCAGGAUCAGUAUAUCGGGAUAUUGUCCAGCUCCAUGUUUGUGGGGAUGAUGUUCGGGGCCAUGUUCUGGGGCAUGCUUGCGGAUGUCUAUGGACGAAAACAGGCCUUCAAUUUUACAUUGAUUGUCACGACGGUCUUUGGGAUCGCCUCCAGCUUCGCACACACGUACUGGCUCCUGUGCAUCUUGAUCCUGUUCUUGGGAUUCGGGGUCGGCGGAAACAUGCCGGUGGAUGGAGCGUUGUUUCUGGAGUUCACGCCGAAAAAGGAUCAGUACCUGCUGACGUUUUUGUCAAUAUUCUUCUCGUUUGGGGCAGUGGCAUCUUCGCUGCUGGGAUAUUUUUUGCUACCGCCCUUCAGUUGCGAGACCCAUAUGGACGGGGGCUGUCAAGGAAAAGGAUGGCGAUACAUGCUGCUCGCCUUGGGUGGUCUGACACUAUCGAUGGUAGUGGGUCGCGUUAUUCUAUUCCGUCUUGAAGAGUCGCCGAAGUUCCUGUUGAACCAAAAUCGACACGCGGAGGCAGCCAUUGUACUGCGAAGGAUCUACAAAAUCAACCACAAAGAGCCUCAAUCUGAGAACUUUGAAGGGAACAUCGAGACCCUGACUUCUCGAUUCAACCACUCCGCCUCUGCAUCUUUCUCGUCCGAGGAAUCGUCCGAAGAAUCUGACACGGGUGAUGCCAGGUCAUCCGCAGAUUUUGGAACGAUCCGCAGAAUGCCUGUAGAGCUUCGUCAUCCUCGUCAGGAAGUGCCUAGGGGAAGAUACAGGAGUCUGUUUCACGGACAGCAUUAUCGAUGGCGACGAAAAUUCGACAUUGCAUUGGAUCGAUUGAAGCCGUUAUUGUCACCCAAGUUUCGGCUGAGCACGAUUCUGCUCUGGAUCAUUUGGGCAUUGGUAGCGUUUGCGUAUACGGGGUUCAAUGUGUUUUAUCCAAAGUUUCUGCAGGAGCACGGACAGGACGGCAAUGAGUCGUUGAAGCAGGUUUAUCAGGAUACCCUCAUCUACUCUGUCGCAGGCGUGCCCGGCUCUGUGCUGGCAACAUUCAUGGUCGAAGGGAGACUGGGCAGACGAUAUACCAUGGCGGUCUCGACACUAGGAGCAGCAUUGGCUACCAUCCUCUUUACUGUACUAAGUAGCCACGCUCUCAUGACGACCUUCUCGGGGAUCCUCAGUCUACUUUCGACGCUUAACUAUGCUGUCCUAUACUCUUACACGCCUGAAGUCUUUCCGUCCGAGAUCCGAGGCACCGCCUGUGGUGUCGCGGCUGCCAUGUCGCGGCUGGCUGGUAUCGUGUCGCCUCUGAUUGUUGGAGCAAUGCUGGCUGUCAGCACGUAUUUCCCAUUGUACGCAUCCUCGACUACAUUUUUGAUUUCGGGAAUCUGCAUGUGUUUCUUACCCAUCGAAACUAAAGGCAGGGCUGCAGAAUAGAAGCCGAAGAAUACAACCUUUUCAUUAAACGUCCUAGUGUUCGAAUA